ACAGUCCACAACAGGAGAAUGCAGGAGAUGGUCCCACUGGUUCCUGCCCGGCCAGAGUUCCCGGGGUUCGAGGUCGACCCCAGCCGGGUGACGCUUGGCGAGCGGAUUGGCAGCGGGGCGUUCGGCCUAGCUUACCGGGCAACCCUGACGACAGAUGAGGAGUCGGAGGACGUUGUCGUAAAAACUGUUAAAGACAACGCCAGUGAGGAAGACAAGCUGAGUUUCCUGCAGGAAAUCCGCGCAGUUGUGGACCUGGGGGUUCAGAAGAACCUGCUGGGUCUGAUCGGCUGCUGUACGGUGGUGCGAGACCAUCUGUAUCUCAUCACGGAGUUCAUGCCGUACGGAGACCUGAAGGGCUUUCUAAGGAAAUGUCAGGAAGGGAUCUCUGACGGUCCUCGAGACGACAUCUACAACUUUGAGGUGAUGCAAAUGUACCAGGUGGGCCGGCAGAUCGCUAGAGGCAUGGACCACAUCGCCCGAUCCCGUUACAUCCACGGUGACCUGGCCGCCCGGAACGUCCUGGUCGGGGAGAAGCUGACCGUGAAGAUUUCCGACUUCGGGCUGGCGGAAGACAUCUACAGCCGAGGCUACCGUCGGCAGGACCACCUCCAGAAGGUACCGUGGAAAUGGAUGGCGCCCGAGCGGCUGCAGGGUGGGGAAGCCUACACCGCACAGAGCGACGUGUGGUCCUUCGGGAUCGUGCUGUAUGAGAUAAGUACGCUAGGGGGCGAUCCUUACCCUGACGUGGCAAUUGCCCACCUGCAAGAACGCCUACAGACUGGAUUCAGGAUGUCCAAACCUGAGGGCUGCCCCGCCGGCAUGUACGACCUGAUGCUGCAGUGCUGGCGCUGGCAGCCGGCUGAGCGGCCGUCCUUCCGCACACUGGAGCUCGACCUGGACAAGCAGCUCGCCUUCUACGGACCCGAGUACGCUACACCAACUCCCUGUACUUGAAAUGACCCCUCGUUUCUAAACAUAAUGGGACAACAGGACGUAUAAAAUAAUUGAAAAUAGCUAGUAUGUACAUGUCGCGAUCGAUUCAAUAAGUGGUUAUCACAGAACUCAUAUGCU